UUCGAAGACACACAUCGCUAUGAACACCAAGGUUCUUCUCCUCCUGGGUCUGCUGACGGUGGCCGCUGCCGAUAAGCUGCCAGCCUUCUCUUAUGGAGCUCCUGAGGCGUCCGAGGAAGCUUCUGAGGAAUUCGAGCCGGCCAAGUACGACUUCCAGUGGGCCGUGAAGGACGACGACUCCGGCAACGACUUCGGCCACCAGGAGUCCCGCGACGGCGACGACACCCAGGGGUCCUACUACGUGCAGCUCCCCGACGGCCGCCUGCAGAAGGUCACCUACCACGUGGACGGCGACGACGGCUACGUGGCCGAGGUCAGCUACGAGGGCGAGGCGCAGUACCCCGAGUCGCAGGAGUCCCAGGAGGCGCCCGUGUACGCCCCUCCCAGGCCCUCCUACGGAUACCCUCAGUAAAGCGGCGCCCUUCGAGUCAAUCUCCUGAAGCAGACAACGACGACGUGACGUCAUCCAUCUCACCCGUCACUUAUGGCCAUAUAUUUAUGUGAUAAUAUAUUUUUGAUAUAGCAAAA